AUGAAACCCCUUGAUUUACGACUCCCGACGUGCAGCGCACCGUACGAUGAGCAGGAAUUAGCCACCGAAAGCCUCGUGGCAACCAUACCCAAGCCCCGGUCCGCGUGCGCCAUUUUGCCCUCAUGCAGUAAACAACGAAAGAUUUCGACUCUACAUCGAUGCGGCGGACCUGUUGCCUUUGGUGUUGAUGGGGAAUCCACCAGACAUCUCGCAUACUACGGGUUCUACAUUGCCGCACAAGCCCUCGUCAUUCGCGCAACGCCGGCCGAACAAGGCCCCAAAAGACGAGAGGUCGCCAGGGGCAAAAUAAUCCGCGCCUGUUACUGCGUCGCGAGCCUCUUUCAAUGGGGCCAGCGCACCAUCGGCCUGACCUAUUUCGGCGUCGCCUGGAUGCCCGCCGCUUCCGUCUGCGCGUUCAAUCUCGUCGACCACAUGGCCCAGGCCGGCGUCGCGGAGACAUUCCACACGCCGAUUGUCGUGUUGGCCAACGUCUCGACGCGCAGGACGCUCGCGCCGGACGUCGUGAAAUUCAUCUGGAUCAUGCUCGAGGAGCGUAAACUCGACGCGCAUCUCGACGCCGCCACGCGGAACCUGUUCAAGCUCAACGCCGUGGACAACUGGGGCGCGCAGGACGACGAGUUGUUCGACUUCGGCGCCUAUCCGAAUUAUGCCGCUAUUUCUGAGAGAAGUCGUGAUUUUGUCGAAACGGGAGAGCGGUUGCACGAGUAUGCUGCCCUGCAUCUUGUCUAA